CCCCUGCGCGGCAGUGGGGUCUCACCCCGCCGGACCCCCGUCUCACACCCCCUGCCCCGCACGCAGGAGGACUCGGCGGGGACCUUCGUGCGGCUGCGGCUCAACCUGGCGCAGACCAACUGCCUCAAGAGAGCCCCGAGGAAGCAGAACUGCCGGGUGGUGGAAAACAAGAGGAAGCCGGCGUGCGUGGCCUGCUUCAAGUUCGACCGCAGCGAUGUGCCCAAGGUGCUGGACAAGUACUACAACUGCGGGCCCAGCCACCACCUGGCCGUGAAGGAGAUCAAGCAGCGCGACGAGGCCGAGUGCCAGGCGGUGGAGGCGGCCGGCAGGGCCAGCGACUCGGUCUACCUGCCCGGCAUGUUCGCCUUCGUCAGGGGGAUGCCGGAAUAGCGCCCGGCGGAGGGGCGCG